GUGCAUACAAGGUAUAGACCUCAGGAUGGACCUGGAGAUCGAGGCAUUACCACGGCCAUGUCCCUGAAAAGGCGAGGACAUGGCCAUCUCGUGUGCAGGAGUACCUUUGUCACUUCUACAACUUCGUUUACUUUCUUGAUUGACGAGCAGCAACAUCGAAACAAUGAAGCUCGUAUUCGCUUCUAUCGUGGGUCUCCUGGCAACGCAGUUGUCGGCACUCGCUGUUCCUAGCAAUACUUUCGGGCGCUACAAAAUCACUGACCAUCCUGAUCCCGAGAAACGAGCUUUGUUACAAAACCUGGUGACAUGGGACGAGACAUCAUUGUUUGUGCGUGGAGAGCGGAUGAUGAUCUGGAGUGGUGAAUUCCACCCGUUUAGACUUCCCGUUCCGUCGUUGUGGCUCGACGUCUUCCAGAAAAUCAAAGCUCUCGGAUUCAAUUGCGCGUCUUUCUACGUCGAUUGGGCUCUGGUCGAAGGCAAGCAUGGAAACUAUACGGCGGACGGCGUGUUCGCGCUUGAACCCUUCUUCAACGCCGCCAGCUCGGCUGGAAUCUAUCUCCUUGCUCGUCCUGGACCAUAUAUCAAUGCAGAGUCUUCAGGUGGUGGAUUUCCAGGGUGGCUUCAAAGGAUAAAAGGCAGACUGAGGACAACUGAUCCAAGCUUUAUCGAAGCUACGCAGAAUUACGUUAUCCAUGUUGCUGGCACCAUUGCAAAGGCUCAAAUCACGAAUGGAGGACCGAUUAUACUAUACCAGCCGGAGAACGAAUACUCGGGUUUCUGUUGUGGCAUAGAUGGUCCUGAUGGGAAUUACAUGCAAAUUGUUGAGGACCAGGCCCGUGAGGCAGGAGUCGUGGUUCCGUUGUUGAGCAACGACGCCGGUGUGAACGGCUAUAAUGCUCCAGGUACGGGCAAUGGAUCUGUGGAUAUUUACGGUCAUGAUAGCUACCCUCUCGGCUUUGAUUGCGCGAACCCUACUGUCUGGCCGGCCGGAAAACUUCCUACGGAUUAUUGGCAAAGGCAUCUUCGACAAAGUCCGACGACACCUUACAGUAUUACGGAGUUUCAGGCUGGCAGUUUUGACCCGUGGGGAGGCCCGGGCUUCGAAAAGUGUGGUGUGCUCGUCGGUAGCGAUUUCGAAAGAGUCUUCUACAAGAAUGACCUCAGCUUCGGCGUCAAGUUUCUCAACCUUUAUAUGAUAUUUGGCGGCACGAACUGGGGCAAUCUCGGCCAUCCGGGUGGCUACACUUCCUACGAUUACGCCGCACCGAUUGCUGAAGGGCGCCAGGUCGACCGGGACAAAUAUAGUCAGCUGAAACUGAUCGGCAACUUUGUCAAGGUCUCACCGGCAUACUUCGACGCGGUUCCUUUGCAUAACUCUACUGCCCUGUACACCGACAAUGAAGAUCUCCUCGUUACCCCAGUCAAGGGCAACAGCAGCGCCACGACCUUCUACGUCGUCAGGCACACCAAUUAUACCAGUCAAGCGAGUACCUCCUACAAAUUGAUGUUGCAGACAAGUGCUGGCAACCUGACAGUUCCCCAAGCUGGAGGCGUCCUGACUCUCAAUGGUCGAGAUUCCAAGAUUCAUGUGACUGAUUAUGAUGUAAACGGAACAAAAAUUCUCUACUCGACAGCAGAAGUGUUCACAUGGAAAGAUUUUGGUCAGAAGAAAGUUCUGCUAGUGUACGGCGGAGAGGGUGAACACCAUGAGAUUUCAAUCUCCUCGACCUCUACGCCCUCACUUGUGGAAGGACCCCAGGUCGGAAUCACCAUGAAGAACGGCUCCCAAGCUGUCGUUGCGUGGGAGACAACAACUCAGCGUCGCAUUGUUGAAGUUGAUAAUUUACAGAUAUUCAUACUCGACCGAAACUCAGCGUACAAUUACUGGGUCCCUGAGUUGUCUGGAAAUGCACAAACAGUCGGAUUUAGUUCUCAGGAGACAACUGCAUCGUCCAUCAUUGUCAAAGCCGGCUACCUGAUCAGAGCUGCAUAUCUCGAGGGCAGUAACUUACAUUUGGUCGCUGAUUUCAAUGCCACCACUCCGAUUGAGGUCAUUGGAGCACCAAGUAUAGCGAAUGCACUCUUCAUAAACGGACAGGCAUCACAGUACAGCACAAGCAGCAUUGGCUCUUGGACCACCAACGUCACCUGGGCUGAUCCAAAACUGACGUUACCUACUUUAAGCAACCUCGAAUGGAAGUACAUAGACACUCUUCCUGAGGUCCAACCUGGCUUUGAUGACUCGCUUUGGCCGGUAGCUGAUCUCACGACGACGAAUAAUACCUGGCGCAAAUUGACGACUCCCACAUCGCUCUAUGCGAGUGACUAUGGUUUCCAUAGCGGCUCGCUACUCUAUCGCGGCCAUUUCGUCUCUCAAGGAAAUGAAUCGACUCUCUAUGUCAACACUCGCGGAGGAACGGCCUAUGGACAUUCGAUCUGGCUGAACCAGACAUUCAUUGGUUCGUGGGCUGGUGUCAGCACUCAAAACAACACCAAUGUGACCUACGACUUGCCGCCUAAUCUGCAAUCGGGCAAGGCAUAUGUCUUCACAGUCUUGAUCGACCAUAUGGGAUACGAUGAGAGUGGAACCGUCGGCAGCGACGAAAUGAAGACUCCUCGUGGUGUCUUUGACUACGCCCUUGCCGGACGUGACAAGGCCGAUGUUGGUUGGAAGUUGACCGGCAAUCUUGGUGGCGAAGACUACCGAGACAGGGUCCGUGGUCCGUUGAACGAGGGAGGAAUGUACGCAGAGAGGCAAGGGUGGCAUUUGCCGAACCCUCCGACCCAGAAUUGGGACUCGCGCAGUCCGUUCGACGGCAUCUCACAAGCCGGAGUGGGAUUCUUCAGUACGCAGUUCGACCUCAACAUUCCUUCAGGGUGGGAUGUGCCAUUGUCAUUCACUUUCGGCAACAGCACUCUGCCUCCAGCGGAAUAUCGGGUACUGAUGUACGUCAACGGGUUCCAAUAUGGCAAAUAUGUCAACCACAUCGGACCUCAGACAAGUUUUCCUGUCCCGCAGGGUGUGUUGAACUACCAGGGUACCAAUUGGUUGGCAUUGACUUUGUGGGCGCACCAGUCUACAGGAGCGAAACUGGAGAAUUUCCAAAUUGAGAGCGACACGCCCGUCAUGUCGGCUCUUGGUGAGGUGGACUUUGUAGGUGGAUCGGGGUAUUCUCAACGAGAAGGUGCUUACUGAAUAGUCAAACAUCAGAGAGCUACUGCGGUUGUAGUAGUGAUAGUAGUAGAAUCGACCUAAUUUGAACGA